AUGCUCUCCCGAACAGCCCCCAGAGUCCUUCGCUUCACAGCCCGACCGGCUCGUCUUGCCGCGCUCAACACUCCACCAACCCGAUUCCUCCGCCCGAGCUCAAGCUCCAAUAGCUCUAUGCCAGCUAUUGCUACCACAGCCCGCUCAUUCCACUCCACCGGCUCCUUCUCCAAGGGCCUGCAGCCUGAUACAGAGAACCCCCAACCACCAGCCACCCAAACACCCGCUGCCGGCGCCGCAGCACACGUCACAGAGCCCACGCCACUUUCCGCGGAAGAGUAUUAUGAGUACUCAGAGCACUAUUUCAACGUGUUACUCGGAGAGCUGGAGAGAGCGCAAGAGGAAGGCAGCGAUGUUGAAGCAGAGUAUAGCCGGCGUUCUAAACGUCUCCGUUCCGAGUAUUGGAACCUACGUCCUGAACAAACAACCACCAAACAAGCAAAUCUGGCUCUCUUCCCCCUCUCCGGGCCCAAGCGGUACGACUGGAUCGUUGAGGGCGACCGCAUGCACGAGAAGGCGGAGACGCGGGAGUUCGCCAAUGGGCAGUGGAUUUAUUUGCGGGAUGGAUCUAACCUGACGGAUCUGCUUAAUACGGAGUUGAGUAUUCAGUUGCCGAAGGAUGUUUAUUCGCAGAUUGUGGAGUAG